AAAAAUCAGUUGCCCUUUCCAAUUUUUGACUGCAAAAACGCCACCGCAACACUAAAAACCCGCCGUCUCAAAUCAAACGAAGAAACCAAAAGCUUCGAUGGCCAUCGCCGCCGCCAUUUCCCUCUCCCUCCCUCCACAAACUCGCCGUUCCUCCGCCUCCAUCGCCGCCCCUUUUCGAUCAACUUCUUCUCUUCAUUUCGAUUCUCUUCGUUCCAACUUUUCUUCUCUUAAAAACCCUAACCUUCGAGUCUCUGCAUCUUCCAUGAGCAUCGGAACUCCAGAGAAAAUCUCCACGACGUCGUUCCUUGACCGAAGGGAAAGUGGAUUUCUUCACUUCGUUAAGUACCACGGCCUUGGGAACGAUUUCAUUUUGGUUGAUAACAGGGACUCGACGGAACCGAGGGUUACGCCGGAGCAAGCGGUGAAGUUGUGCGAUAGGAACUUCGGUAUCGGAGCUGAUGGAGUGAUUUUUGCGAUGCCGGGAGUCAACGGUACCGAUUAUACUAUGCGAAUCUUCAACUCCGAUGGCAGCGAGCCCGAGAUGUGUGGUAAUGGGGUAAGGUGCUUUGCGAGAUUCAUUGCCGAACUUGAGAAUUUACACGGGAAGCAAAGUUUUACUGUGCAUACUGGUGCGGGAUUAAUUGUUCCCGAAAUUCAAGAAGACGGAAAGGUUAAAGUUGAUAUGGGUGAACCAAUUCUUAAAGCAUCAGAUGUUCCUACAAAGUUACCAGCAAAUAAAGAUCAAGCUGCUGUUAAAGCAGAUAUCAAUGUAGAUGGAGUAACUUGGAAUGUGACUUGUGUUAGCAUGGGAAAUCCACAUUGUGUGACUUUUGGCAACAGACAAAGCCAGAAUUUGACCGUUGAUGAACUAAAUUUAGCUGCAAUUGGUCCUAAAUUUGAGCAUCAUGAAAUGUUCCCAGCUAGGACCAACACAGAAUUUGUGGAAGUUUUUUCUCAUGAACACUUGAAAAUGCGUGUUUGGGAGCGUGGAGCAGGAGCAACACUGGCUUGUGGAACCGGAGCUUGUGCUGUGGUGGUUGCAGCUGUUCUCGAAGGACGUGCUGGGAGGAGUUGCACGGUGGAUUUGCCCGGAGGUCCGUUAGAUAUUGAAUGGAAGGAGGAAGACAAUCAUGUGUACAUGACUGGCCCAGCCGAAGUAGUGUUUUACGGAUCGGUUGCAGUGUGAUGAUUCUAAUAUUGCUAAGCCAAUUUUCAUGUAGUGAAAACAUUGUCUAUUUGCUUGGAUUUUGUAUAAGACAAUUUGGUAGUCUUAUGAAUUCCACAUUCUUUUUGGUUGUCUUAAA